ACUCCCUCCUAUUAUCAAACACCUCUCUCUCUCUCUUUUCAAGUAUCAAUGUCAUUUCCUACAAAAAUAUUUCCAUUUUUUCUUUUAUUUCUUCUUAUUCAUCCACUUCAAGCUGUUCCAAGUAUCAUUCCACUAAAUGGUUCUUGUACUGAUAAAUGUGGCAGCAUUGUCCUAAAAUAUCCCUUUGGUUCAGGAUUUGGUUGUGGACAUCCUACAUUUUCAAGAUUCAUAAAAUGUACUUAUGGGGUGCUUCAGUUUUCCACUGGCACUGGCAUUUACACUAUAUCCACACUAGACUACACAACCAACACACUUGUUUUAACAGACCCCUUUAUGUCAACAUGUUCCUCAAUGCAAAACUCAGGCAGUUUUAAUUUGGAUCGGUCGACUCCCUUCAGCAUUAUGAAAGAAAACAUCUUUGUUUUACUAGGAUGUUCUACAACAUCAGCUGUGUUUGAUCCAAAACAAGAUUUGUGUAAUACCGGCUCGGGUUCAAAUGUAUGCAGAGGACUUUAUUCUUGUAAAGGAGUAACAGGAAUUGGCUUAGAACCAAAUGCUCCUAUAUCUACAUGUUGUGUAUAUGAUCCACCAGUUCUUAUUGGUUCAGGUUAUGGUUUGAACUUGCCUAGACUUCAAUGUUCUUCGUAUUCGUCGAUAUAUGGUUUUGGAGGUGAUGAAGGAGAUCCUAUGAAAUGGCAAUAUGGGAUUUCUUUGCAGUAUAAUAAUUCAUAUUUCACUGAUAAUUCUUGCAAGAACUGUGAGGAUAGUGGUGGAAUUUGUGGUUUUUCUGGUUCAGAUGAGUCUUUUGCUUGCAUUUGUAGGAAUGGUGUUAACACUACCAUUAAUUGCUUCGGACGAGGAUAUGCUUGGAGUGGGACAUGGAGACACAAAAUUCAAACUGAAAUGAGUAUUGGAGGAAUCUUAUUCUUUUGGAUGAUGCUUUUCAUCUAAGGCGGCAGGAUCUUGUUUUAGAUUCAGGAACAUGAAUGGAAGAGCAAACAGUCCAUUCUAUGAAAUUUAUGUUUACUAGGAUUAGACUAAAAUUUACUCAAUCUUGAUCAAAAGUUAUCUUCGUAUGAUCUAUAGGUCACGGGUUUGAACCGAGAAAUCAGUCACUGAUGCUUGCAUUAGGGUAGAUUGCCUACAUCGCACCCCAAGGGGUGCGGCCAUUUACCGGACGCGGCGUGAAUGCGGGAUGCUUUGUGCACCAGCUACCAUUUAAAUCUUGAUCAAAAGCCAAAAAGUUUGGUUCUGAAAUUAGAUGAUUGUAGCUUUUUUAUAUGAAUUCCAUGGCUGAUGAAGUUGUAACAUUCAGUAAAAUGACUUUUCAC